UCAGUUCUUAUUUGAGUUCCGUUUAAACUCGGCUCAAACGUUGUUCACCACUCGUAAAAAAAUAAUUAGCAGAGUGUGUGUAAUACUUUUGUUAUUAUUUGAAUUUUUAUACGGUGCAGAAAUUGUAGUGUAAAAUUGUGCAAAUGUUUCAAUAAAAAAUGAAAGAAACUUUACAAGUGUGGUGUUAAAUUUUGAAGUUUUAUAGAUUUCUAAUGAUUACCUAGUAUUAUGUAAUAGGAAUCCUAUUAUAGGAUAAAUAUGUAGACUACAUGUGAAAGCAGUAUAUGUUGGAUUAUGGUGAAAUGUGUCAAACCGAAAUUUUCUUAGUAUUAAUUACUAUACCUCAAGUGAACUUAUAAAAAAUAUGUAAAUAAUGCACUAAAAUCGACAAGUAUGAACUUGUGCCUUAAUGACUGUAUGCUGCAGUGCAAUUGCCUUAUAAUUUAACUCGAAAUGAUGCGAAAGGACAGAAUAAAUUUGACCCUGCCAAAGGAAUAAAUCGCGGGAUAAUUUUCUGGAGUGAAAGCAACUGAUACCCCCCGCCACCACCAACACCACUAAUCGCUAAUCAGUGUGGUACUAUGCAGCAGUGGUGGUAACUAAUGGUCUUCUUUCCGCCCUGGCGUCCACACACACCCAACCAAACCCUUGGACUGGAUCAUGAUUAAUGAUGAUGACAUGUCUUCCUCUGUAAUCUCUAAAUGAACCUGUAUGGACGGAUGUCUGCCUGGAAGGCCCACCAUCUGAUUACUAAUCAAUGAGACAUGGACAUUCGACUACUGGACUGAAUUGUUAAAAAAAGUGGUGACGUUGUUUGUUAGAAAAACUUGAAAUACCAAAAGAAACCUCUCCAUCCAUAAAACCAUAUCAUAAACACAUAGCCCGAACUUACAUCGCACACUUUUUGCGUCAAAGACAAAAUUUAACCCAAAGCAAUACAAAAUAAAAUUGUGACUUCGGUAGGACUAGCCGUGAAAACAGCGGUAUAUUUUUGAAUGUUUGUUUAGCCACCAAAUCUACAAUUUCAAGAGGAACGUCGACGAGAAAUAUCAGUAACAUUAAACUAUCAGAAAACAAGGGAGAAAGAAAGCAAGGUGUGCAAAAUUCAAACCCCAACCAUUCUUGAGUAUAGAUAAAAAAAUACUGUAAGAUACACCAUACGAAAGGGGUUGGCCGUUAACAAAAUUUCAAUGAAAAUGGAGACAAUGGAAUCGACUAGAUCUAAUACCUCAACUGGAACGGGAGGUUGGUCAGGAGGGCAUUCCACGCUCGGAGCAGGGCGAUGUGGUCCCCUAGAAGUGCUUAUAAAAAACCAAUGGCAUCGUGUCCUUGCAUCACUUGAGGGACAAUAUAUCUCACUCAGUUUAUACGAAACAGAAGCCAAUUCCACCACCACGACAAAUGGGCAUUCAAAUUCCAAUUCGAACAAUGGAACGUCUUCUAACACUCCCACGCCACCAGAGCAGAAUGGACACGACUUUGGAAAUUCCAACGGAAAUGAAGGGAUGAGUUGCGAAGUGCGGUUGGUCCGUGUUGUGAAAACUGAAACGCACGGUCUCGGAGUUUCCAUCAAAGGAGGGCGUGAGAAUAAUAUGCCCGUAAUAAUCUCCAAAAUUUUCAAGGGGAUGGCAGCAGACCAAACGGGACAGCUUUUCGUCGGUGAUGCUAUUCUCACAGUAAAUGGAGAAGACUUGCACAAUGCAACUCAUGAUGAGGCCGUGAGGUCGCUCAAGAGAGCUGGGAAAACGGUCGAGUUGGAAGUGAAAUAUCUGAAGGAGGUGACCCCAUACUUUCGCAAGGCAUCCCUCCUGGCUGAACUGGGCUGGGACCUGCAAAAGGAGUACAUGGCGAAUGGGACCACCUGCACCACAUCCCCCGAGGACAAUGGGGGGCGGGCCGAAGAACCGCUCGGUCUGCCUGGUCCAGCACCCGACUGCUCCUUUGGGCGCUGCGACACCCGGGCCGUUCCCCUCACCCUCGCUUUCCUCGCCACCAACUACAGACACCCCGACCUCGAUCACCGAACCAUGGAGCUCUAUGCACCGGACGGUCUCCAUUCUUUGGUCUUGCGGGCCGGAAGUAUGGCUCAGUGUCAGGCUUGGGUAUCCGGGCUGAGCCACACCCUCUCAGACUCCACCCAAGUGGCCCUCCAAAGGGCAAACCGCUACGUCCAAGGGUUGCUGGAGGGCAAGGUACGACACAUGGGUUGGCUGCUCAAGAGAAAUCCACCAGCGUCGGAACAGCAACAUGGACAUCAAAGUCACGGAUCUGCCAAUAAUUCCAUCAAGAGUCGAAGCCAAAGCACGUCGUCGGAUGGAGAUGAUGCGAGCAAUUUGUGGCAGCCCAAUUUCGUGGUUAUCACGGAUAAAGAACUGCGUUUGUAUAACUCUCCUCCAUGGUCGAUUGAUGCCUGGGCGAACCCAUACGACUCGUGGCCGCUUCUUACCACAAGAUUGGUCAGUUCCAGCAGCCGCAGCCAAAGCACGUCCCCAGCCGGACUGCGUGACUUCCUCACUUUUCACAUCAGAAUCGGAACUCCUUCAGGCGUGGUCAACGUUAUAUUUAGAACUGAAACACAAAAGGAUUUGGCAGGCUGGGCUCGAAAUAUCGUCGUUUCCUCACACGAAGCGGCCAAUAGUCAAAAAGAGAUCUCUUGCAAAUGCAGUUGGAAGAAUGAACCCUGUCAGCUAAAGGUCCACUACGACGAAGGCUUCACUCUCUCAGAGUUGCCCAAGGGCGAAGGGGGCGGCCCUCCAAAGGUGCUCUGGCAGUACUCGUACACACAGUUGAGAACAUCGGCGGAUGAUGCAAACCACUUGUUGUGGCUCGAUUUUGGGGCCGAAGACGGUGAAAAGGUUCAACAACAGCAUUAUGAGCUUGAUCUUCAGGGCUGUCCUAAACCCUUGGUAUUUAUAAUACAUACCUUUCUUUCUGCUAAAAUUGCCCGUCUUGGGCUGCUUGCCUGACAAAACGACGACGUCCUUGUCUGACGGCAGGGACGUGGAGGUCGUGUGCCUCCAGUACCACCUCCGAAACCAAGGGCGAGGAGAAGGUCUCAACCACAACAAGAGCUCCAGGAUGACAUUCAACAGCAGAACAAUCCAUUUGUUAACAAUCAUCGCAGAUUUCAUAGCAAUCCCAGAGUUAGGAGCAAUUCUUUAUCGGGUCAUGUGGCUUAAUGCCUUUUUUACGAAAUUGUUAUUUACGUGUAUAAAUAAGUUACCCUUGUAAUUAAUUGUUAUGAAUUACACAUAUAUUUGUAAUACCCAAUACGGUCGUAUUUUACUAAUGCUUUAACUAGAUUUUUAUAAACUACAUUAUUCAGGAUAACUCUAGUAUCCAUUUCAUGCUCGAAAAAGUUAAGCACAAAUUCCAAACGAACCCCUCCCUAUAAUAAAUAAUAAUAAUAAUAAUAAUGAUAAUAGUGUUUAGAGUGUCCUAUUGUUUUUUUAUUACUCUUUAAAACUCUUCCCUGUGGGAAACUCGUCAAUUGAUAUCUGUCAUAUCUGCAAAAAAGUGAACAAAUCAGAAAAAAAUUCAAAUGCCUAUCGUGAACCUUACACUAUAAUCAAUUUCAAAGUUGCUGAAGCAAAAGUUCAAACGUGUCUGUCUAUUAGUAUUAUGAAGGAAACGAGCCAAGUCUUUUCACUAUGAAUCAUUCAUAUCGGUGCGUAAUUUGUAGCAAUUUGUACAAUAAAGUGGAAUUUUAUAUACAGAUAAGUACGUUGUAGAUAAAAUCAACAAACGGAAAGGUUGUAAUAAGAAAUGAGAUGAUGACUUGCUUUCUGGACUUGGUCAGCUUUUUAUUGUAAUCAAAUGAUGCCAAUACCUUUCUUUUCUUUCAUAGAUUAAAAAGUCCUUGGAAUUUCAAAAUUAUGUAAGUCAGCGAAAAUAGAUUAAAAAAAUCAGAAGUUUUUGAAACAACCAUAACGUAUUUGUGUAGAGCGGAGACGAAAUGAAAGUAUUAUUACGAGGUAAAGUACCAUACAGAAUGUAAUACAAUGUGCCUUUAUAUCUGAUAUAAGAAUAGAAAUUUAAUCAAUGUUACUAAAACCCAAGUAGUUUUACUGAUUUAACAUGGGUGAUUGAAGUCAGUUCAAUUAUUGACUACUUUGUAAGUCUAUUGGUUAUACAGCUACUUAUUAUAUCUACUAAUAAGAAGUAAAUUAGUCCAGUCGUGAUUUAGUUUAGAAGGUCGGAAACUUUAAAUAAAGGAUUUUUACAUAAAAAAA